AACCCCCGCGCGUGUGGAAGAUGGCGGCCGAACAGCAGGAGCCGGCGAUGCUCGAUGUGGAAGCCAUCCACAUGAGUGAAGUGAGUCAGCCCAGCAGCUCAAGUCAACCAGUCUCCACCCACAGAACCUCUGAAUCAGCAGCCAUUAACUUCCUGGCUUACGAUGAAGCGAUCAUGGCGCAACAGGACCGAAUUCAACAGGAGAUUGCUACAACAAAUCCACUGGUAUCAGAAAAGUUAGACCUGUCAGUGCUUUAUAAAGAAUAUGCAGAGGACGACCAGGUCUAUCAGUUAAAAGUCAAGGACUUGCACAACCGAUAUUGCUGCAUUCGGAAGACCAGACCGGAUGGGAACUGUUUCUACCGAGCUUUUGGGUUUGCACAUCUGGAGGCUCUUCUUGAAGACAGCAAAGAAUUACAGAAAUUUAAAGCCAUCGCCUCCAAAAGCAAAGAGGAUCUGGUAACCCAGGGCUUCACUGAAUUCACAAUCGAGGACUUCCACAACACGUUUAUGGAUGUAAUUGACCUGGUGGAGAAGCAGGGCUCAUUGGCUAACCUGAUGACAGCGUUUAAUGAUCAGAGCACAUCGGAUUACCUGGUGGUUUACCUGCGGCUUCUCACCUCAGGCUACCUGCAGCGAGAGUCCGCUUUCUUCGAACAUUUCAUUGAGGGAGGCCGCACAGUUAAGGAAUUCUGUCAGCAGGAAGUGGAGCCAAUGGCCAAGGAGAGUGACCACAUUCACAUCAUCGCAUUAGCCCAGGCACUGGACACCUCAAUCCGAGUGGAGUACAUGGACCGAGGAGAGGGAAACUCGACUAAUCAGCACAUCUUCCCUGAGGGCUCAGAGCCCAGAGUCUUCCUCCUGUACAGGCCGGGACAUUAUGACAUUCUCUAUAAAUAGAUGUACAGAUCAAAACGUACAGAGAAAAGGAAAAGAAGUUCUUGUACAGAGUUACCUGGUUGUAAAUGAUGAUUGUCAUUCAGUUCCCCUUUGUUACAUGAGCUGCCAUGUUAUUAAAGGGAAUCAGUCACUGACCCCCUUUCACACUCACGGCCGGCUUCCUUACUCACCCACUCCCACAACCCAACCUCAAUGUCCCUGCCUCCCAAACUGGCUCUCCUGGUUCUCAGUCCGUCCGUCUCUCUCUCCUACCCCCCUCACUUCACUCUCUACCCCCCCCUACCCCCCUCCCCUCUCUACCCGCCUGCCCACUCCCCUCUCCUCUCUACCACCACCCCCACUCCCCUCUCUA